CCGAGCACGGCCAGCCAUGGGCUUCUGGCAGCGCGACUGCUGCGACUGCGGCUCCUGCAGCUGGACAACCGUCGCCAUCUGGGCCGCCGUCGCCGCUGUCAUCGCGGCCGUCCUCACCGUCCUCAUCAUCGCCUUCGCCGUCUUCAAGCCGCCCACCGCCACCGCGGACGACGCCCUGCUCACGCGCUUCUCCCUCUCCGCCUCACCCAACUCCACGCAGCUCCUCUCCUCCUACAACGUCACGGUCACCAUGUCCCUGCGCAACCCCAACAUGUACCGCAGCAUCUCCUACGGCGCCAUGGCCGCCGCCUUCUCCUUCAACGGCACCCGCUUCGAGGACGACGCCACCGUGCUGCCGUUCGACCAGGGCGCCAAGAAGGCGACCACGGUGCGGGUCACCGUCGGCGGCGUCGCCAAGGCCCUGCCCAAGCUGUCCGCGGCCGGCCCGACGGAGUUCGCCAGAGAGAAGGAGGCCGGGCAGUUCCAGGUGGAGGCGCGGCUGGACGGCGUGAUGCAGUACAAGGGCCGCAGCAACAAGUGCCCCGUCGCCGUCAUCUGCCCGCUCCUGCUGCAGCUCGUCGACCCGGACGUCGCCGCCACCGCAUUCGAGCGGACCAAGUGCACCAUCCUCAGGGCCAAGACCUCCGGAUGCUAGCCUAGCUGGUCCUAGCCGUCGCCAUUGAUUGCUUUCAUUUGAUCUCCUGCUGUAAAUAUUAACAGAUUUUUUACUAUUAGCGCAGUAUUUAUUCUAGUUUCAGAUCAGAUUUAGCUGUUGAUGGAACAGGGGUUGCUGCUAUAAUGCUAUAUAUGCUUGGGUUAUUGAGAA